AUUCGCUCCAACGACCAUGUCGCCGCCCGAUAUCGGACGCUUCUACGCGUUCGUCCAGCGGCAUUUGACGGCAGUGACGCUGCUCGUGAUUGCACUUGCGGUGAGUCUGCUCCUCCUCGGGUCGUACGUCUUUGGGGCUGUCUCGUUUGACUGCAAGGACGUGGCCAACACGGCACUCUUGCCGGCGCCGACCAACUGCUACGUGGGCACGACGCUCGGGUGGCUUGCCUCCGGCGUCUGGACCGCCUGCCUCCUCGCACAAUUGCUCAAGGACGAGUUCUACUCGAAAUGCCGCGGCCUCAGCAUCCUCUGGGCGUGGAUGAACUUCACCGCGGCGUCCCUCAAUGGCCUCGCAGUCUUUUACUGGCGCCUCCCGCUCUUUGUCCGCGCGGUCGGCGUGGCCAUGCCGCUGCUCGAGUGCCUCGUGCUGCAUCAACUGUAUCGUUUCCGGGCCUUCGACCGGACAAAGCCCGGCGCCUCGCUCUUGCCGCCGCUGCUCGACGCCAAUCGCCACGGCGAUGUAACGUUUACCCAGCUCAUGUGGCGAAGCGCGAUCAGUCUCUACGUGGUCGUGAUGACGCUGGGCGCUUUGAGCUACCUCCAUGUCUUGCCGAUCGCGUUGCUGCUCGAUGGCGGGAUUUGGCUCGCGAUUGCCUUUUGGAGCUGCGAAGGCUUUUUGCAAAUGCACGUCAACUGGACCAUCGACACGUGCGAAGGCCAGUCGUAUUUUGCCUUGGGUUUGACGUUUUUCGGGAAAUUGUGCGAUUUUACGGUCCAAGCGACGCUCACGAUGCCCGGCCGGUACCUUGUUUUGGCGUAUUUUUCAACCGCUGCCGGCUUGCUCAACGUUGCGCAGUGCGUCUACAUGCUCUCGCAGCGUGCCACGUCAUCGCGAGGGCCCGCGUAUGGGCUGUUGCUCUUUAUUGCGCUGUACGCUGUGGGCUUUAUGACGUAUGUGGUGGUCGCUGCGCCCUUUCCGAUCGAUGCGACGGCGACAGACGCGUGGCUGCAUGCCGCCGCGCCGCGCUGGAUUGCGCUGCUUGGGCCUCUGAUCGUGGCGCUCGCCGCGAGUGCGGGCUAUGUCCUUGCGCGCCGCCGAGGGAUUCGCCCGAUUACCUUUGCGUCUGUCGAGUAAGACUAGCUAGUUUACCGUUUUUUGAUAUUGUUCAUAACUCUUAGUCCUGCAUUCCAUCCAAGGGAUGGACGUUGCAGCAUGUUGGCAACAAGACACGCAUGGCGCUUAUG